UUUUUCUUCCCUUUCCUUUGCCAAUGUCUUCUCCUCUUCUCAUGCAUAAUAAGAUGUCAAUCUCAUUCUAUCUAAUUCUUUUGCUUCUUUUCAUCUCUUUUCAAGCAUGCCAUCCCAAGAGUCUUCGCUUUGCUGAUAACAAAUCUAAGACGAAACUUCAAGCUCUUGUUGAGGGCAGAUUGGCGAGGAUGGUUUUAAUUUCUUGGGAGAAAGCAGCAACAGAAAACAUGAAGUUAUCAUCUUCAAAGGCAGGCGAAGAACAGAGAGAAACUUUUAGAUCCAAAAGAUCAAACAAAUACAAGAAGAGGAAGAAGCAGAUGAAGAGAUCAGUAGAAGACUUUAAAAAAGUUUCAUGGCGACUGCCCCAUCAUCAUGAUCUUUCCAAGAAACUUAAGCAUAACAAUGGCGUUUUCGAUUCAGAUUAUGAACAUGCCAGAACCCAUCCUCCUUCUCAUAACUAAAUAUAUAUAUAU